AGUGUGUGCGGCUACAUCGGGAGAGCGGUGCAAUGAUAAAAGCCGCAUAUGCGGUACACACCUAUCGGGCAGGGAAAAAAAACAAGAAGCAGCCUCAUUCCGUUUUUCUUCGCACCGUAGCCUUAUUCACGUUUCAGAGAAGAUACUGAAGUGCCAGCAGUACCAUGUCCAGGCCAACAGGUGGCGGUGCCAAUGAUGUCACCCGCUUCCUGUCGUCAGGGGCGGGGCCAGGCUCUCCUACCUCCAACUCCACCUCGGUGUUCUCCGCCGCCAGCCAGGCCGACUGGGCAGCCAAGCGCCUGGUGUGGGUCCCGUCAGAGAAACAUGGCUUUGAGUCGGCCAGUAUUCGGGAAGAGCGUGGGGACGAGGUGGAGGUGGAGCUCACAGACAGCCAGCGGCGGCUGACCCUGUCCAGAGAGGAGCUGCAGCGGAUGAACCCUCCCCGCUUCAGUAAGGUGGAGGACAUGGCCGACCUCACCUGCCUCAACGAAGCCUCAGUGCUGCACAAUCUGAGAGAGAGAUACUACUCUGGCUUAAUCUACACGUACUCAGGGCUGUUCUGUGUAGUGGUGAACCCUUACAAGAAUCUGCCCAUCUACACAGAGUCCAUCGUGGAGAUGUACCGGGGCAAAAAACGACAUGAGAUGCCCCCGCACAUCUAUGCCAUAUCAGAGGCUGCCUACCGCAGCAUGCUCCAAGACAGAGAAGACCAGUCAAUCCUCUGCACAGGCGAGUCCGGAGCAGGGAAAACAGAGAACACUAAGAAAGUCAUCCAGUAUUUGGCUCAUGUUGCCUCCUCCCAUAAGAGUGGGACUCUGGGAAGAAACAAAGACUCUUUACAGAUGGACGGUGCUAGGUCUUUACCAAGAGGCAGCAGUAUGGUAAACAGGAGUGUGCACUAUGGCGAGCUGGAGAGACAGCUGCUGCAGGCCAACCCCAUCUUGGAGGCCUUUGGCAACGCAAAGACAGUCAAGAACGACAACUCCUCCAGAUUUGGUAAAUUCAUCAGAAUUAAUUUUGAUGUGGCGGGCUACAUUGUUGGUGCCAACAUUGAGACCUACCUCCUGGAGAAGUCGCGGGCCAUCCGUCAGGCCAAGGAUGAGAGGACAUUCCACAUCUUCUACCAGCUGCUGUCUGGAGCUUCAGACGCCACAAGGAAGGAGCUGCUGCUAGGAAGUGCAGAUGAGUACCGCUUCCUGAGCGGAGGCUCCAUACCGGUUCCUGGUCAGAGCGACUCGGAGAACUUCACCCAGACCAUGGACUCUAUGGCCAUUAUGGGCUUCAGCGAAGAGGAGUCAAUAUCCAUGCUGAAGGUGAUCUCUUCGGUGCUCCAGUUUGGGAACAUCUCCUUCACAAAGGAGAAGAACCAGGACCAGGCGUCCAUGCCUGACGACACAGCAGCUCAAAAACUGUGCCACCUGCUGGGCAUCAGUGUGCUGGAGUUCACCCGGGCCAUCCUCACCCCCAGGAUCAAAGUGGGACGAGAGUAUGUCCAGAAAGCCCAGACUAAAGAACAGGCUGACUUUGCAGUGGAGGCCUUGGCCAAAGCUACAUAUGAGCGUCUGUUCAGGUGGCUGGUCCACAGGAUCAACAGAGCUCUGGACCGCCGCCAGAGGCAGGGAGCCUCCUUCAUCGGCAUCCUCGACAUUGCUGGCUUUGAAAUCUUCCAGCUGAAUUCAUUUGAGCAACUGUGCAUCAACUACACCAACGAGAAGCUGCAGCAGCUCUUCAACCACACCAUGUUCAUCCUGGAGCAGGAGGAGUACCAGCGCGAGGGCAUCGAGUGGAACUUCAUCGAUUUUGGCCUGGACCUGCAGCCCUGCAUCGACCUCAUUGAGAGACCGGCCCACCCCCCUGGUGUUUUGGCCCUGCUGGAUGAAGAGUGUUGGUUCCCGCGGGCAACAGACCGCUCCUUUGUGGACAAGCUGGCCGCCGAGCAGGGCAGCCAUCCGAAAUACUACAAACCGCGGCAGCCUCGGCAGGAAGCUGAUUUCUCCAUCAUUCACUAUGCUGGCAAGGUGGACUAUAAGGCGGAUGAUUGGCUGGUGAAGAACAUGGAUCCUCUGAACGACAAUGUGGCGUCUCUUCUCCACCAGUCCUCUGAUCAUUUCAUCUCUGAGCUCUGGAGAGAGGAAAUUCAAACUCUUCCUCGCGUUUACUUCUUUGACUCCUAUGCCACACUACAGGCUAAUGGCUCGGACAUGGAGAGGAUUGUAGGUCUGGACCAGGUGUCGUCAGGAGAGAACAGCGCGCCCGUCACGUUCGGAGCAGCAGGACUGAAGACGAAGAAGGGGAUGUUCCGCACGGUGGGCCAGCUCUACAAGGAGUCCCUCACCAAGCUGAUGGCCACGCUGAGGAACACCAACCCCAACUUCCUGCGCUGCAUCAUCCCCAACCACGAGAAGAGGGCUGGGAAGCUAACACCCCACCUGGUGCUGGACCAGCUGAGGUGUAAUGGAGUCCUGGAGGGAAUCCGUAUCUGCAGACAGGGCUUCCCGAACCGCAUCCCCUUCCAGGAGUUCAGGCAGAGAUAUGAGAUCCUGACUCCUAAUGCUAUUCCUCGCACCUUCAUGGAUGGCAAACAAGCGUCGGAGCUCAUGAUCAGUGCUUUGGAGUUGGACAAGAACCUGUUCAGGGUGGGUCAGAGUAAAGUCUUCUUCAGAGCUGGAGUCCUGGCUCACCUGGAGGAAGAGAGAGACCUGAAGAUCACUGACACCAUCAUACGUUUCCAGAGUGCCGCCAGAGGCUACCUCGCUCGCAAAGCCUUCCUGAAGAAGCAGCAGCAGCUGAGCGCUCUGAGAGUGAUGCAGAGGAACUGUGCUGCCUACCUUAAACUCAGGAACUGGCAGUGGUGGCGUUUGUUCACUAAGGUGAAGCCACUGCUGCAGGUGACCCGACAGGAUGAGGAGAUCCAGGCCAGGGAGGCGGAGCUUCAGAAGGCCAAGGACAAACUGGGCCGUGUUGAGAUGGACUACACCGAGCUGGACAGGAAACAUGCACAGCUGAUGGAGGAGAAGGCGGUGCUGGCUGACCAGCUGCAGGCGGAGGCGGAGCUGUUUGCAGAGGCGGAGGAGAUGAGGGCCAGGUUGGCCAGUAGGAAACAGGAGCUGGAGGAAGUGCUGAGUGAGCUGGAGACUCGAUUGGAGGAGGAGGAGGAAAGGAGUGCACAGAUGGCCAAUGAGAAGAAGAGGAUGCAGCAGCACGUGCAGGACCUGGAGGAGCAGUUAGAGGAGGAGGAAGGAGCCAGACAGCGUCUCCUGCUGGAGAAGGUGACCUUGGAGACCAAAGUGAAGAGUCUGGAGACAGACAUGUUGAAUGCUGUGGAGCAGAGAGACCGACUUAGCAAGGAGAAGAAGCAGUUGGAGGAGCGUCUGAGUGAGGUGACCGACCAGCUAACUGAGGAAGAGGAGAAGACCAAAAGUCUGAACAAACUCAAGAAUAAGCAGGAGGCUGUCAUCGCUGACCUAGAGGAGCGCCUGAAGCGUGAGGAGCAGGGUCGCUUGGAGCAGGAGAAGUGGAGGAGGAGGAUGGAGAAUGAGUCGGUGGAGGCCCAGGAGCAGCUGUCUGACCUGGGAAUGCUGGCCGCCGAGUUGCGGGGCAGCCUGGCUCAGAAGGAGAAGGAGAUCACCACCCUGCAGGGCCGGCUGGAGGAGGAGGGGGCGCGUCGUGCCGAGGCUCAGAGGGCUCUGAGGGAGGCCAUGUCUCAGGUGUCUGAGCUCAAGGAAGAGGUGGAGAAUGAGCGAGGGAUGAGGGAAAGGGCAGAGAAGCAGAGGCGAGACCUGGGGGAGGAGCUGGAGGCCUUGAGAACAGAGCUAGAGGACACUUUGGACACCACCGCUGCCCAGCAGGAGCUAAGGUCUCGUCGGGAGGCAGAGUUAAGUGAGCUGCAGCGGUGUGUGGAGGAGGAGACACGACGACACGAGGCCCAGCUGUCAGAGCUCAGAAUCAAACACAGCGCGGCUAUAGACAAUCUGCAAGAACAGCUGGACAACAGCAAGAGAGCACGUCAGUCCCUGGAGAAGGCCAAGGCGGUGCUGGAGGAGGAGAGGCUGAAUUUGACCUCAGAGCUCAAGACCCUCCAAGGAGGCCGCAUGGAGAGCGAGAGAGGCCGCAAAAGGGCCGAGGGCCAGCUGCAGGAGCUGACCGCCCGCCUGGCUCAGGCUGACAGAGAGCGGGAGGAGAGGGAGGAACGAGUGCACAAGCUACAGUGUGAAAUCGAGUCACUCUCCAACAGUUUGUCCUCAUCUGACACCAAAUCCCUCCGUCUUGCUAAGGAGGUUAGCAGCCUGGAGAGCCAGCUGCAUGACGCACAGGAAAUGCUGCAGGAGGAGACCCGUCAGAAGUUGGCUCUGGGCUCCAGGGUGCGGGCGCUGGAGGAGGAGAGGAAUGGACUGUUGGAAAGAGUAGAGGAGGAGGAGGAGAGAGCCAAGGAGCUUACCCGGCAGAUCCAGACUCACACCCAGCAGCUGGCUGAACUGCGGAAGCAGUCGGAGGAGGUGAACACUGCGGUGGAGGCCGGGGAGGAGACGCGCAGGAAGCUCCAGAGAGAGCUGGACAGCGCCAUCCAGCGGGAGCGACAGAGGGAGGAGGAGAAAGAGAGAGUAGAGCGGCAGAGGGAGAGACUGAGGGAGGAGAUCGAGGACAUGACUCUGGCCCUGCAGAGAGAGAGGCAGAACUGCACGGCCCUGGAGAAGAGGCAGAAGAAGUUUGACCAGUGCCUGGCAGAGGAGAAGGCGGUGAGCGCUCGGCUGGCAGAGGAGAGGGACAGAGCCGAGGCAGACAGCAGAGAGAAGGAGACUCGCUCUCUGGCACUGGCCCGAGCCCUGCAGGAGGCCCAGGACCAGAGGGAGGAGCUGGAGAGGGCCAACAAGCAGCUCCGUUUGGAAAUGGAACAGCUAGUCAAUCAACAGGAUGACGUUGGCAAGAAUGUCCAUGAGCUGGAGCGUUCCCGGAGGGCCCUGGAGACAGAAGCCCAGAACCUGCGUGUUCAAACACAGGAGCUGGAGGAGGAGCUGGCCGAGGCAGAGAACUCGAGGCUGAGGCUGGAGGUCACCCUGCAGGCCCUGAAGGCUCAGUUCGAGAGGGAGAUCAGCACUAAUGAAGAAAAGGGGGAGGAGAAGAGAAGGGCGCUCAGCAAACAGGUGAGAGAGUUGGAAAGCCAGUUGGAGGAGGAGAGGAGUCAGCGUUCGCAGGCCGUGUCUGUCAAGAAACAGCUGGAAGCGGAGCUCCAGGAUGCUGAAGCCCAGGUGGAGACGGCCUCUCGUGGCAGGGAGGAGGGAGUGAAGCAGCUACGGAGGCUGCAGGCUCAGAUGAAGGAAGUUCUCCGUGAGCUGGAUGAGACCAAGUUGGCUCGGGACGAAGUGGUUGCCCAGUCGAAAGACAGCGAGAAGCGCCUCCAAACCCUGGAGGCAGAAGUCCUGCAGCUCACUGAGGAACUGUCUGUGUCUGAGAGGCAGCGCAGGCAAGCCCAGCAGGAGAGAGACGAGAUGGCCGACGAGAUGGUCAACAGCACCUCUGGAAAGUCAGCAUUGUGUGAAGAGAAGCGGAGGUUAGAGGCACGAGUCACUCAGCUGGAAGAGGAGCUGGAGGAGGAGCAGAGUAACUCUGAGCUACUGGCAGAGAGACAAAGGAAGACGGCUCUACAGGUGGAGACUCUGACGGUGCAGCUGCAGGGAGAGAGGACUCUGACCCAGAAGGCCGAGGCAGCUCGUGAGCAGCUGGAGAGGCAGAACAAGGAGCUGAAGACCAGGCUGGGCGAGCUGGAGGGAGCCGUCAGGGGCAAACACAGGCUCAGUGUCGCCGCCCUGGAGGCCAAGAUAGAAUCCAUGGAGGAGCAGCUGGAGCAGGAGAGACAGGAGCGAGCCAUAGCAAACAAACUGGUGCGGAAGACGGAGAAGAAGCUGAAGGAGGUGAUGAUGCAGGCGGAGGACGAGAGGAGACAUGCAGACCAGUACAGAGAGCAGCUGGAUAAGUCCAUGGGCCGGCUGAGGCAGCUGAAGAGGCAGCUGGAGGAGGUGGAGGAGGAGAAUUCACGCUCCAACGCUCAGAAGAGGAAGAUGCAGAGGGAGCUGGAGGAGCUCACCGACAGCAGCCAGAGCAUGACUCGGGAGAUCACAGCCCUCCGCAGCCAGCUCAGCAUCCCUGAAUGGAGACCAGAGAAGCGCGCCCCGUUGCCCCUGGCGAUGCGAGGACGGAGGGCUCUGGUGGAUGACCUGUCACUGGAGAACUCGGAUUCAGAGGAGCCACCUGCGUCGCCAACUCCCUCCUCUGGACCCCCGGGUACCCCGACUCCCUCCUCAGAACACAGCCUGGACCCCCCACCACCCUACAGCCUCAACAACACAGAGUGACACACACACAGACUCUGAGAUACACGCAUACACACACACACACAGAAACACACAAACACACGCAUCGGCCUCUCAUAGCCUCAGCUUCUCAGGUGGUGAAGGAGCAACAUGCACAUAGCACAUUACACAAGAUUACAGAUAAACACACACAUGCACACAACACGACACACACACACACACACACCAAAACAGACUGAUUUGUCACUGCUCUUGGCAAUUUUACCUCCACUUUCCGAGCAAGAGCAGAAAACAUACAUACACACGCAAAACGAUAUUCUACAAUGAAGAACCAACUGGAAUUGAUUUUUAAUUUCAAUGGACUGAGCGACAGAACAAAACCGUAGACUGUAAAUCCCUGGAUUACGUCUAGGUUAUGUGUUUCUGGGAAAACUAAACAUCUCCCAGAAUUCCCAAGGGGGAAAACUAUUAUAUCGUCAAAUUUCAUGAUGCUGUACAGCGCUUACAGAGAAGAAAACAGCACGGCUAUCGCGUCUCGAAUGAAAUAUUUCAGUGUCAAGCCAUGUUUAAGUCUUUGACGAGGAUAGCUAGAACAUACAAUCUACCUAAUUUCGCAAAGGGCUGCUGGACUAAAACACGAGGGUGAAAUUAUUCCCGAGAGAGAUCGAGACAAUCUACAUGUUGCAGAGAAUAGUUAGCGAGGCAAGUGGAAGUCUUGCACACACAUGGUUAGGUGUCUGUACGUGUGUGUCUCCAGGCCAUGCUCUAACUGCAGGUGUGAUAAAACAACAUCGACAUCUUUGUAUUUUACUACUAAACAUUUUAAAACCUACAAAUUGAAACUUGAAUUGAUCUGUGAGCCUCUUAUUCGAACAAACGGGAAAGGAAAAACAGCUCAAGAAAGAGAAUAUAUACACGUUAUGACACAUUUUUAUUGAGAGAGAGCAAAAAAAAAAAAAAGAGCAGGUAGUUAAUAUUUAUCGUCCAACUGAGCAGAAGCCAGUGUUAACUUUUUAUCGUAAAUGGCUGAUGGGGAACUGUAAAGCAUUGCGCUAACCUCGUGAGCGUCACUCAACUAGUUCCAUAACAAAUUGGUAUUUUUCAUAUGUUAUAAUUAUAACGACACCAACAACUGCUCAUGAGUCACUUUCAUAAACGACCACUAACAGCAGCCGACAUGCAGUGCAGCUUGGGGCGCCGCUGCAUUGAGGUGCUCUCAAGUGAUUAUGUCCUUUUUCUAUAGAUUAGGAACAGUAUGUAGUUAGAUAUUGCAGUAGGUAGUAAUAGAUAGUUUCUUUAACUUAAGUCUUAUCAUAUUGCUUCUUAUUGACUACAGGCGUUUGGAUUUGUAUAAUUUAUAUCCAUCUAAAUAUGAACCUAAGUUAUUGAUUGCUGGUUGUUUUCUGUAUGAUCGCGUCUUGUGGGUAAAGCAUGUUAUUAUGAUUAGUGCUGACACCGGAGUCAGGCGGGGCCGUCAUCGUGCGCCUCUCUGCCUGAACUUUAUUACAUUCUCACAGCCAUGAAGCUCAGCGUUGUUACAGUCAGCAGCAAAGGUUUUAUUUUUUUUUUAUUUUUUUUUUUUUGUUGUUGUUUUUUUCCCAGUCAGCUUUAGCCUUCAGAUCUGAGAGGUGAGCGUCCAUGGGAGACCUAAUCUGACCUGCUGGUGUUUAACUAUAUCUGUCUGGUUUAGGUCAUUGCUAGUGUGGAGCUGUAUAAUUUUGUCAUCUUGGUUUCUUCGCAGAAACAGGUAGAAAUCUAUGUUAUGUGUACCACAGCAAAACAACUUUAACUCUAGAGGUAACCCGUGGGGAACUGUAUCAUUUUAUCUUUUUACUCGAAGCAGAUGAAAUUGUGACAACGAAUCUCUUUUUUUUUCUGUUAUGUUUUAGACUGAUAUACUCAUUUUUAUCAAAUGCAUCAUAUUUUAUUUUGAACAAGCAUCUUGUACAUUGUAAUAUUGAUUUUUACUGAUUAACUGUGUAAAUUAUUAAUCAAACAAAGCUUUUGCGUUUAACCAAAUGGUGGGCGUAUGGAUGAGAAAAGGGACUUAAAUUCGUAGUAAACAUAGAGUAGUAUAUAGCAUAGAGUAGAUGACAGGAGUAGAGGCUGGUUAGAUGUUCCACUGAGAUCCAGUGACGUAUCUGGAUGAACUCGUUAGUAGAGAAAACUCUCUACUCACAAUCCCUGCAUAGAAAAGCAUGAGACUCAAGGCGCUUUCAAAUAGUAGUAGUGUUAGAUUAAUAUGACAAUGGAAACAGUGAGGAAUUAAUUGUCAAAAAAAAAAAAAAAACACUUUUAUGAAGAGAAUGGCAAGAACAAACAGUUUUGUUUUUUUAUCUGAAGCUAAUGAAAGAGAGAACUGGUGAAAUUAUGUGCGGUCCCAAAAAAAUUAAAAGAAAAAAAAAAACAGUUUGAUGUGAAAGGUGUCUUUUUAUCAAUCUGGAUCGGGCACAGUGUUUCCCAAACCUGGCGUUAAAGAUUGUUUUCUCUUUAGUGAAACAUCUCCCAUCUGCCUAGUUAUGUUUCACUCAUGUUUUAUGUAUCAUUUGACACGAGUAAAGUCCCUUUUGUUUUUGUUUCUGACGCCCCCCCUCCAGCACCUGUAUGCCUGAUGCAGCUUUAAGUCUGUACAGGACGUUGAUGUGACGUCUACUUUGAGACACACAGAGAAAUGUCUAAAUUAACUGGGACACGUUUGGUGUAAUUUGCGCUUACAUUUUCAACGGGAAGUAAAGCAGAUAAAGAUUGUGUAGUUGAUGUCAGACGUGUGCUUCUGUAAUUUUUUGUAAUACUUUGUUUUCAUGUGGAAAUACACAGUACAUGGCAAAGAAUUACUGAUGCUGUCGGCUUAUACCAUUGAUUACACACAGGACCAGAGGAGUUCAUUAAUCAGGGGUGUCUGCUUGCGCUUUUUGAAAUUUGCUUAUCAUUACUGCUCCCUCUUGAUACCAUUCUUGAUACCAUUCUGCCUAUGGGAUGAACAAAACCAGUGGUUUGUUAUAAUGAAGCAGCGUUGCAAAGGUAAUACCGACAUAACAAAAACACCUGCAUUCAUGUAAAGUAGUUCCAAGGCAAAACGUCCCAUGUGUAUCCAUACUGUUUGACACGUCAAGCUAUGUUUUUUGCCAAGCCAGGUUCACCGCAAUUAAAUUUUAGUGACAGGUGAAUAUGAUAAAAGAUCAAACUGAAGGAUAAUUGAGUCAAAAAUGAGCUUGUCUUUGACUACUGAGCAACGACAUAUAUUUAAUGCCCUAUGAGUGUUUAUUUUCUGUACGUAUGAUUGUUUUAUUUUGUCGAUAUGCAAAGGAUUCUGUUUUUUGAAUGGGGUGUUUUGUAAGAUACCGUGUGGAUGCUGCACUUUACACACUACUAAUGGGGGUAAACACAGCCGAGCAUCAUCAGUAGAUAGCGCCUGCUGCGUCAGGUCACAGAUCUCAAAGAGCCCGACAUAGCACUUUGUGUCAGCUGGGCUGGUAUCACGUGUUAUCAGGAUACAAUCUGUCACUUUAACUGUCUGUUCACUUUAAUGUUAUAAUGUCAAAAUGUCAUAUCGGUGUCUAAAUGUGGUGUUCAGGCGCCUUGGUGGGUCAAAAUCCCGAGGCAUGUGGGUCGAGCUGCUGGAACGAGAACGGAUCGCCUGAAGUGUCUGUUCGCCUGUAGCAGGACAGAAGGCUGGUGCUUCGUAAAGGUGUUAUUUUUCUCUCUGUGUUUGUUCAUGGCUACUGUGGAACUUGAAAAUUUUUGGAAAUGUGUUUUAUUGUUUAGCCUUUUUUUUGUUUUUGUUUUUGUUUUUGUUUAUGAUGCUGUAAUUAUACAACAUUUGACCGGGGUUAACUUUAAUAUAUGUCGUUGGUUUUGA